GAGAGAGAAAUUUGGUGCAAUAAACUUAAGAAUUUCCCAAAAAACCCUUUCUAAAAAGACCCUCGCAAAAAUUGAUAUUGGCUGAUCUUGUUGACGAUUCCGUCUUCACGGCUGGAACAGUACAGACGAGAGAACAAAAACGGAGUAGAACCGAAUGUACCAAAAACACAAUUAAACACGCAACACAAGCUGCCAAAACCCAAAUGAGAGAAAUUUCAAAUCCAUGGAUUUUGCCCCGUCAACCAGGCAAAAGGCCAAAACAAACGCUCUGAAAUUACACACAACUUCCCUCUCACCUUUUUUCAUCUCCUCACUGUCGUUUCUGUGAGUAGUCCCAUCAGUCUCCCCUAAGCUCUGUAUCUCUCAUUUACACGCAGUGGAUGGUGUGGGGCGGGUCAUGGUGCAUUUAAUGCGGGACCCCUUGUUUUAGCUGCGUUUCCCUCUCUCCCAGAAAUUCCGCGACAGUCUGAGAAAAAUCCAGUUAGAGUGGAUUUUGUGGGUGUGCAAAAAAUGGAGGCUAGAAUGAAGAAGUAUAGGCAAGUGAGCCCUGAACGAGCCAAAGUGUGGACUGAAAAAUCGCCCAAAUAUCACUACAAUAAUCCUCACUAUAACCAGCAACAGCAACAGCAGCAGCUGCAAAGCAAUCGAAAAGUGCCGGUGGUUUACUAUCUGUGUAGGAAUCGGCAGCUCGAGCAUCCCCAUUUCAUGGAAGUCCCUCUCUCUUCAUCUGAUGGCCUUUACUUGAGAGAUGUGAUUGAAAGGCUUAAUGCUUUGAGGGGCAGAGGGAUGGCUUCGCUGUAUUCUUGGUCUUGCAAGAGGAGUUAUAAGAACGGGUUUGUGUGGCACGAUCUUUGCAAUGACGAUUUAAUCCUUCCUGCUCAUGGGAAUGAGUAUGUUCUCAAGGGGUCGGAGCUCUUUGAUGAAUCCAAUCCCGGCAACUUCAGCCCUGCAGCUGAAAUAGUCACUCUCCGUAACCAAAAAGCGCUUCCCGAGCCACCACUAUCUUCCAGAAGCCAGGAUGAGUCUUCUUCCUCUUCCAGCCUCAACCCCAAAACCUCCCAAGAAGACGAGUCAUCUCCUUGGAACAACUCUUUGAGCUUGGCUGAGUACAAAGUCUACAAAAACGACGGCCUCUCAGAUGCCGCCACUCAAACCGACGACAACUCCGCCACCUGUACAAGGGGCGUCUCAACUGAAGACGAAAAUAAUAAUAUUAAUAAUAACAAUAAUAAUAAUAAUAAUAAUCAGGCGAAAACAAAUUCUGAGAUAUUUGUCUCCCCACCUCAGUCGACGUCAAGCGCCACCUCGUCAAGUGGCAGAACGGACACAUUGGAAUCACUCAUUAGGGCAGAUGCCAAAAAGUUGAAUAGCUUUCGGAUUCUUGAGGAGGAAGACUUCCGGGACCCGCCAUCCAAGCUGAAGGCUUCGAACAUGAUAAUGCAGUUGAUAUCUUGCGGCUCCAUAUCAGUGAAGGACCACAACAGCUUCGGGAUUAUCCCGACCUACAGGCCGAGAUUCUCACACUCCAAGUUCCCAUCUCCGCUCUUCUCGAGCUCGUUGAUGCUUGGUGGGGCAGAUUGUUUGGCUCAAAAUCCCCAUCGGGUGGGAAUGGAAGAUAAGGAGUACUUUAGCGGGAGUUUGGUCGAGAUGAGUAUGGUUAGAGAAGGAGUGCCUCAUCUCAAACGUUCGUCGUCAUUCAAUGCUGACAAAAGUAGCGAGAAAUUUGGUUCAACUGGCGACAACAAGGAUGAAGGAAGCUCCACACGCACAAAGUGCAUACCUCUAUCAAUCAAGUCUUCCUUAAGCAAACAGCCAAGAUGCGAAUCAAUGAGGUCCCCUCUUUCCACAGGGCCCAGGAUUUCGUCUGAUCGAGCUGAGAGCUCUCGCACGACGACACCUGGCACAUCCAACGGCGGGAGCAAGAGGAUGACUGAGCCUCUUCCACUAAACAAACAAUCCCAAGAUUCGGAUUCUGCCAGCUGUCACGUUGAGAGCGUGAUCAAGAUUGAAGAAAGUUAA